AUGAAUCAUAACGGCGGUGGCGGCGCAGGCACCAGCGUAACUUGCUGGGUCCGCAGCGGCGGCGCGUUCGGCCAGCAGACGCAGCUGCAGUUCCAGAACGAGCCCUUGUUCGACGCCGAGGUGAAGAUCGAGGACCUCGAAAAGGAGAAGCAGCGACAACUGGCCGAGGCCAAGGCGGCGCGCAGGCGACAGCGGCACAAAGAGGUCGUGGCGCGGUCGCGACUCCGACACAAGGAGACGGCCGCAGCGAUCCAGCAGCAGGAGCUGGAGUUAGGUCGGAAGCUGCACGAGCUGCUGGAGCAGACCGGACACUCUGUGACACAAGGG